AGUUUUCUUUUUGUAUUUUGGAUGAAAGUUUCAAUGUAUUUUUCUGAAUAAACAAUUUUUCAAAAAAUAAAAUAAAUUUAAGAGGCAUCAUUGUUACAGCAUUUCACAUAAAAAAACCGAACAAAUAAGAUUGACAUGAAAAGAUUCACCAAAACGACAACAAACAAGGCACAAGGGAGGAAUUUUGACUCCAUUGUUUUACAUACAACAAACACUUUCGUGAAGAAGUUUUUAACUCAGUUGUUUAAGAGCAUACGCCAGAACACUUGAAUUCCCGGAUUUGAUCGAGUUUUCACACAUAUCAAAAUAUAAAAAUAAGUAAUAAACACUUUCCUCGGCAAGUUGGCCAAAGCAAAUCCUCCCUAAUCCUUAGACAUGGAGCGGGUCUUGGCCGGCACUUUAAAAUUGACAAUAUAAUUCCGGCUGACGAUCCAAAAAUCAAAUGUUGUCCAUUGACCAAUACUUUGAUGUCCAACAAUAUUGUUUCAAGCUUUUGUAUUUAGCCUCCAUCUUACAACCUAAUACAACAUUUAUACACGCAUCUUUGUCUCCAACAUAAUAAUUUGAACUAAACUUUUACAUCACUUGCAUUGCCGUCAUGAGAUGCUUUUGAAAAAUUCAAUAUUUUUAAGGGAGUUUUAACGAAAAGCCCACGGUACUAUUCACUUUAACGAAAAACCACAUUUUUCCACUAAAAAGUCAAUCCUGAUACUAUUCACUUUACCCUUUAUUUUGUCCUUAUCAUUAAAACUCAAAGUUUUCAAGCCCUUUUCAUUAAUUUUCCUUAUUUUUUUAAUGAUCUCAGACCUCUAUAUAUGCUUUGAUCUUGAGUAGCUGAGCCUAACACCAAUAGGGUUUCAUUUCUACAUAGAGACUCGAUCGAGUAAAGAACUGAUUUGUUUGGAAUAUUCUCUGAUUUCUAAAGAAAUGGCUUCUUUUUCGAUAGAGGAGUUUGUUGGGGAUGGGGUUCUGAAAGGAUUGAUUCCGAAGCUGCUAGACGAAGGCUGGGAUGAUGUACCGACCUUGAAGAUCAUGAAUACAGAUGAUAUGGAUGCAUUAAACAUGACACAACUGGAGAAGGAUGCAUUGGAAAUUAGGUCAUACCUGCACGACCGCGCUUUGAUGCAAUAUGGAGAUAGGCUUGAGUCCAGUGGGAAAUGUCUGUCCGAGCUCCUUAGCUUAAGCACUGUAGAUCUUUCUUCUCAGUUUGGCAUGAAGCGUGGUCAUAUUGCCCGUUUCAUGGACAGAACCGGUGCUUGUGCAGAUCACCUACCAAAGUCUCAUCCUACCCCUGCUGCAACAGAAAGAAUGGGCUUACCGUCGAAAAAUACUAGGAUUCAAAGGAGUUUUCAAUCUGUAAACUUUCAAAAGAUCCAGAGUAAAUUAACAACAAGAACUAGUUCAAUUAACAGCAAAUCUCUAGAACAAUCACUGGCGAGUUUUAAGAUCAAAGAUGGAUACAUCUUCAAAGGGAUCGUUGCUAUGGAGCCAGCCGAUCCUAGAUUAUGUGGUUGUAUACAACCCGCUCCUGUAGUUGACAAAGUUGCACCAUACUCUACCAUUGAAAACAUCUCGGUUCAGAAGUUGACACCAGAGUAUAAGAUUGGAAUGGAGCAUUUGGUGAAAACCAAAACACCUCCGAUGAAGGCUUCAGAACUGUGGAGAAACAAACCAACAGUGAUUCUCUGCAUUCGACGUCCAGGGGCUGAAGCUCACCAGCUAUAUGCCAAAAAACCCAUAUUUGAUUCACUGGGAAUUCAACUACUUGCAGUUCUUCAUGAGCAUAUGGAGUCAGAGAUAAAAGACUUCUGGCCUCGAUAUUGGGGUGGUGUUGUAUUGUAUGAUCGUGGAAUGGAAUUCUUCAAAGCACUUGGUGGAGGGAAACUGCUCAAGGAAAAAUUCCUGUCAGGUUUUGUUUUCAACCCUCGAGCAAGAGCAAAUUACAAGCGUGCAAAAGCUAUGGGGAUACAGCAAAACUUCAAAGGAGAAGGUGAAAUUAAGGGGGGGCUUUUUGUAGUUGGCAGCGGAAGGAGUGGUAUUGCAUACCAGUUUAUCGAGAGGAACUUCGGUGAUUGGGCACCUCCAGCUGAAGUUAUUGAGAUCUGUGCUCAGUUGCAGAACCAACAAGAAGCUCAAGAUGACUCUUAUAAGAGAUCACAGCAGUCCGAAUGAUAGUUAGAUGACUAUUUUCUGCGCACGCCUGAGAUUCACAAUGAAUAAAAACAUAUAUCUUGUAAUUCCAGGAUAAACAACGUAUUACUUCUUAUGAUUCGUUUAUUACAGAUGUUGCUUGUACUAUUUGUAUGGAGUGUAAAGACGUGAGUUUAUUGGAAAUGCAAUUCAUUUAACAAACA